AUGCUGUUUCUAGAGCAUACACAGGGCUUCGCUGGAGAUGACGGCGGUAUUAUCACGUCUACGCCAUCUUUAUUUGAGCUACUGAUGCAAGAGCGUAUGUCAGCGGGAUUUAAGCCGGCGGUGGAAUAUCUGGUACACACGCUGUGCGAGUCGUACCCUAAUUUGGCACUGUCGUUGCCUGUGCGUCGCCUUGAUGAGAGCUAUGCACUACUGCGCUGCUGCAUUGAGAGCUACUUCCUGUCGCGAUAUGACAGUCUAGCUACGGAGAAGUUUUACGGUAUGAAGAGAGUCAUGAUAGCCAAUGAAAACGCCAAGGCGACGACAGCUCCAUUGACCCCUAGAGCAAGAAAACUUGCCUUGUUUUUUGCGGUAAUAGUACCGUACCUGAAGACAAAACUGGAUGCAUAUUAUAAAGAGACUGCAGAGUUAUCGACCCAUCCAACUGUAACAAGUACGAGAAAUGCAACUACAGAUGACAGAAGAGAGAAACGGAUGAGUCGCUUUUUGCAACGUCUUCGAAGUUUUGCGUACUUCCAGGCACUCAAAAAGGCCUUUGUGGUGACAUAUCCGUAUGCACAUUUUACGUAUGAAGGGUCAUUCUUUUUGUACCAGUGGUUGUAUCUCUUUAGAGAUACGCCAUUCUUCUCGCCAUUUUUAAAGUGGAUGAAGACAAUUCUUGUCCGAGUUACAGCAGAUGAUGAGUCAAUGUUACGUCAGAAGGAAAUGACGUAUCGUGAGAAAGUAAUGGAGAAAUUAAGCGGCUCUGGAAUCGCUGAUCGGAUUCGACGAUUUCUGGUUCGAAUGACGUGGGCGACGGUAGAUCACUCGUAUGUACUGCUAAUGCUGAGUAUUGCAGCGUACAAGCUUAUUGAAUGGAUGUAUUCGGACGAGGGCGUGUCAUCAGCGAAGUUGCGGUCCAUUGGGACCGACGCACCGGUUCCACCUCCACCAUUACCACCUCAAUUCUCAGGCCAAGCAUUGGCACUGGCUACCAUGGAUCCUACAUUUUGCCCGUUAUGCAAGCAAAAGCGUGCAAAUCCUGCGAUGGUUCCUUCAGGAUACGUAUUUUGCUACCCGUGCAUAUACCACUACGUUGAGCAGCACGGAGAGUGCCCCAUGACGCAGAUAAAGUGCGAGCUCGCCACCAUUGCUAAGAUCUACGAUGAUGCAAGAGACCCGUGA